UGUACUUAAGAACUGUCAAAGCCUUAUCAUAUGGUCAACAAUUCACACCAUAAUUUGAGUACAAGGACCACAUACAUACACUUGCUAUCACAAAGUUAUAAAUACUUCCUACUAUUGAUCUCAAAACAUUAUCAAAUAUCAAUGGCUUCUCUUAAGAGUUUGAUCAUUUCCUACAUUACUUUACUUUCUCUUUUCCAUUUCGAGUUCUCGAAUGCUGAUGUUAAGGGUGGCUAUUGGUCUCCAGACAAUGGUCUCGAUGCCUCAGACAUCGACUCAACUCUUUUCACCCAUCUCUUUUGCGCAUUUGCAAACCUUAACUUAGAUACCUACCAGCUCACAAUUCCUUCAUCAGAAUGCGAAACCUUCCCUCAAACCAUCCGACAAAAGAACUCGGCGGUAAUGGCCAUCCUAUCCAUUGGUGGAGGAGACGCAAAGUCUUCCGAUUUCAACAACAUGGCUAGCCAGCCAAGCUCUCGAAAAGCCUUUAUUGACUCCUCGAUAAGCCUUGCUAAGGAUAAUGGUUACGACGGGCUUGACUUAGACUGGGAGCAACAGACUAAUAUUGAUGAGAUGAACAACAUGGCAACCCUUCUAAAUGAGUGGAGGGCCGCAAUAAAGGCACAAGCUCCGAACUUGAUCCUGACCGCAGCCCUUCGUUUCACACCUAAUAUUAGUGAAGGAGUUUCAUUCCCUGCGGAUGCUAUAUCCGCUAACCUAGACUGGGUGAACGUCAUGGCUUACGACUUUUAUGCACCUGGUUGGGUUCAGCCCCCGUAUGUUACUGAACCUCAUGCCGCGCUCUUUGAUCCAACUGGCAACGAUGUGAGCGGAAGUAGUGGGAUUGCUGCUUGGAUCAAGGCCGGUGUACCGGCUAAUAAACUCGUGUUGGGUGUACCAUUUUAUGGUCACGCUUGGCAACUGGUUGACCCUAAUAACAAUGGUAUUUUGGCACCAGCAACUAAUUUUAAUGAUACUUUGGUUAAGGAUGGUACACCUAGUUAUACAGAAAUCAAGGAUUUUAUUAGUCAAAAUGAUGCAACGGUUGAGUAUGAUUCGAGUUAUGUUACUAAUUAUUGUUACUCCGGGACGACUUGGGUUGCUUUUGAUGAUACACAAGCCAUUGCUACUAAGGUUGCUUAUGCCAAGAGUAACGCGUUGAACGGGUAUUUCGCUUGGCAAAUUAACCAAGACCUUGAUUGGGCUCUUUCUAAACAAGCUUCACAAACAUGGGGAUCUUAGUGCCAUAGGCCCAUAGCUAAAGGGGAACUAGCAUGCAUUGGAAUGAAGUUCAAAUAAAAUGUGCUGAAUAUUAUAUUUUUAUUUUUAUUUUGAUGGAAUUAUAUUUUUAUUUUUAAAUUCAAAUAAAAUGUGAUAAUUUAAAUAAAAUAAAAGUUUUACGUUCACUUGUGUCCGCUGAA